AUGAAAGAUUGUGACACUGAGGGCGAUGACAAGGAAGAUAUCUGUGAUGAAAGCGAAGAGGAGGUUCCGAUCAGGAGAAGUUUCUCGGUUGAAGACCUGCUCGAUGAGGUGGAGAAGAUUUGUUACGAUGCAUCAGGGACAUCUAAGUUGGAGAUGGUGGUGCGACUGUGGAAAGACGGCUUCACUGUGAACGAUGGAGAGUUUCGCAGCUACUCUGUGCCGGAAAACCAAGACUUUUUGGAUUCCAUCAAGAGAGGGGAGCUGCCGUCCGAGUGGGCGAGCCGCGCUGAGGAAGAAGAACUCGAAAUCAGCGUGGAAGACUUCAUCGAGGAAAGCUACGUCCCCAAAAAGAAGGCAUUCCACCCGUUCAGUGGACGCGGCUACCGGCUGGGCAGCGUGGCGCCCAGAGUAGUGGCCAGGUCACCAUCUGUGCAUGAGGAUGGAGAAUCUGCUCCUAUUCCCAUGGUAACACUAGACCACGCCCUGCCCGUUACCUCGCUGCAGAUUUGGUUGGCUGAUGGGAGAAGACUGAUACAAAGGUUUAACUUAUCGCACCGAAUCACUGACGUCCAAGAUUUCGUGGCACGCUGCCAGAGGAGCUGUCCGCCUUUCGUCCUGACCACAUCUGUACCGUUUCGGGAGCUGAGCGACCAGGAGCUGAGCCUGGAGGAAGCGGGUCUGUCCAACGCCGUGAUCGUGCAGCGGCCUCUCAACACGCAGGCCGCUUUUGGACACUCCUCCUGA